AUGGCAGAGAUUGAAUCCAAGUCUGCUCAAGUGGCAGCGGAAACCACUUACCCUCACGAAAUCACCUCUGUCGAUCACCCGAUCCGCCCCAAUGGAUGGAUGUACAAGUCCAUCGUUGGAUCCUCGUUCUACUAUGCUUCCCCCAAGUUCCAGCUGGGUAUGGUUGCCUUCGUCUGCUUCCUCUGCCCUGGCAUGUUCAAUGCUCUGAGUGGAUUGGGUGGCGGUGGUAAGACCGAUAACAGCUUGGCUGAUAAGAUGAACAUCGCGCUUAACUCUACUUUCGCCGUUGUGGGUUUCUUCGCUGGAACCAUCGUCAACCGUAUCGGAGUUCGUCUUGCCCUGUCAUUUGGAGGUAUUGGUUACUGCAUCUAUGCCAUCAGUCUGUUGGUUUCCGAGCACAAGGAUGUCGGUGGUUUUAACAUUUUCGCCGGCGCCUUCCUGGGUGUGUGCGCUGGAUUGUUGUGGGGCGCUCAGGGAACUAUCAUCAUGUCGUAUCCUUUCGAGCAGAAGAAAGGUCAUUACUGGGCUUGGUUCUGGGGUAUCUUCAACGUCGGCGCCUGCAUUGGUGCUUUGAUUCCCCUCGGUCAGAACAUCCACGUCACCGAGAAGAAGAAUGUCAACGACGGUACCUACAUCGCGUUCAUCGUGUUGAUGGCUUUCGGCGCAGUCCUAGCCCUUUUCACCUGUGAUGCAAACAAGGUGGUUCGCGAAGACGGCUCGCGUGUUGUUCUGAUGAAGAACCCCAGCUGGAAGACCGAAAUCAUCGGCCUGUGGCAGACUUUGGUUGCGGAGCCCUGGAUUAUCAUGCUCUUCCCCAUGUUCUGGUCAUCCAACUGGUUCUACACUUACCAGCAGAACAGCAUUAACAACGCCUACUUCAACACUCGGACCAAGGCCCUAAACAACUUCCUCUACUGGUUCGCCCAGAUUGUGGCUGCUUGCAUCAUCGGCCCCCUGCUUGACAUCGAGAGCAUCCGCCGUACAACUCGCGCCCGCAUCGCCCUUCUCACUCUCUUCGUCCUAACCAUGGCUAUCUGGGGUGGUGGCUUCGCCUGGCAGAAGAAGUAUACCCGCGCCGACGUGGACUCGAAGGACUUCAAGGCUCUCGAUUGGACCUCCCACGGUUUCGUCGCCCCUAUGUUCCUGUACUUUUUCUACGGAAUGUACGAUGCAAUCUGGCAAGGAACCGUUUACUGGUUUAUGGGCGCCCUCGGUAACUCAGGCCGCAAGCUCGCCAACUUGGCCGGCUUCUACAAGGGUCUACAGUCCGCAGGUGCAGCCGUCAUGGCGAGUGUCGAUAACAAUAAAACCUCCUACAUGGGCGAGUUUGCCUCCAACUGGGGUCUUCUCGUCGGCUCCCUGCUUUUCGCCGCCCCCGUAGUGUUCAUGCAUAUUCGUGACAGCAUUCCUCUCGAGGAGGACCUAAAGGGCACUGAUGAGACCGCCGCAGACGUUCUCCCUCCUAUCGAGGUUGAGAAGCGCUAG